AUGACCCUAUAUGAUAGGGAUAAUUUGGAGUUCAAUGUGGCCGAGACUACUCCGACAGGUAACUUCUCACUUGGUACUUACAGAGUCUCGUUGAGAGAUCGGACUUGCAAUUGCGGGUACUUUAUUCAGGCACUUCAUUACCCAUGUCGACAUGCAGUAGCUUGCUGUGCAUAUUCCCACCUGAGCUGGGCAACUUAUUUUCAUGAGGUAUAUCGCCUCAGAAUGGAUUUUAAUGUUUACGAGAUGGGAUUCAAUCUACCGAUUCCAGAAGGCUUAUGGCCACCAUAUGAUGGUCCAACCGUCAUCCCUGAUCCCAGUAAGAGGCGUGCAUAUCAGGAUCAUCCAAGGAGCACAAGAAUUCGCACCAAUAUGGAUGAAGCGGAUCCGAAUAGACCAAAGCAGUGUAGGCUAUACAGACAGCGUGGUCAUACUCGGCGGAAUUGUUCACAGGGAGGAGUCACCGGGGGGUCUGGAGCAGUGGGCAGAGUUUAG